AAUUUUCAAUUUGUCUUCCGACGUCCGCGUACGUUGGUGUCGUGUUUUGUAAUUUUCUGUAUUAUUCUGUCGGAAAACACUUUUAUUUACCGAAUAUGUGAAUUAAUAAUAAAUAGGUUAAUCUCUUCAGGGUUUUCCAAUAUUAUUCUAUUCAAUAGGAAGUGGAAAAAUUGUUGUGAAUUCAGUGUUUCUUUUGCAAUAGAUGCAGACCAUUAAAAGCUGCAUUGAAAUACUUUACCUUCUUAAAUCUAAUCUUAACUAAGGAAACAUCAAUAUUGUAUUAUCUGUUUAAUCAGUGUGGUGAAGUAUAUUUGUGCGUUUUGAAAUAUCUUCAAGAAUGGACACUCUAAGAUAUUACUUUGUGACAUGGAACGUGGCAACGCGGUCCCCGGGACAGGACCUUAACUCCUUGCUCGACUUCCCCUCACAGUUCAACAAGAACAAACCACUGCCAGACUUCUAUGUCAUUGGGCUACAAGAAGUGAAGUCUAUGCCACAGAACAUGUUGAUGGACACCCUGUUCACUGAUCCAUGGACAUCGGCCUUCAACAAGAUCCUGUGCCGCUGUGGCUUCAUCAUCGCCAAGAGCAUACGUCUGCAAGGCAUACUCCUGCUGGUCUACACUCAGAUCAAACACAUCACACAUUUAAGAGACAUAGAGGCGCAGUAUACCAAGACUGGUUUAGGGGGCAUGUGGGGCAACAAGGGCGCAGUCAGCGUGCGCUUCAACAUGUACGGGUGCUCCGUGUGCCUGGUCAACAGCCACCUGACGGCGCACGAGCACCUGCUGGCGGAGCGCGUCGCCGACUACAACGCCAUCGUGCGCCAACACGUGUACCACGUGCGCGAGACCAGCAACAUACUGUACCAUGACUACGUAUUCUGGGUGGGAGACUUGAACUUCCGAACGGAUCAUCCCGCCGGAGAGGGCCCGACAUCUGAAGAGAUAGUGGCGAAGCUGGGCGCAGUGGAGAAAGACAAAUACGAAGAGUUGCUGCAGCAUGAUCAGCUGAUAGCGGUCAUGGACUCGGGCGAGGCGUUCUCGGAGUUUGUCGAGCCGGAUAUCCGGUUUCCACCGACGUAUAAGUUCAUUCUCGGCACGGAUGAGUAUGAUGUCAAACGCAAGCCCUCCUGGACGGACAGGAUCCUGUACAAGGUGGUCGCCAAUAACUACGAGAACGUGACCCUCAAAGCCGAGCCUCUGUCCUACACGCACUUGCCACACUACACCGUCAGCGACCACAAGCCUGUCGUUGCGCAGUACACGAUUAAGGUGUAUAACCCUCGGCGGGCGCGGUCGCAAAUAGUCCUUCCCACAUCCGGCUACCCAUCCAGUAUAUCCUUCCAUUCGGCCAGUGCCGACUUUAUGGAUGGCACGGUAGAUGAUGAGCCGCCGCGGAUAGCGCGCUCGGCCAUCCGCUUCCGGUCCACGGCGCUGGUGAUGCCCGACGGAGAAGGGGAAGAAGGGGAAGAGGGGGGUGAGGUACUCGACGGGGUAGUGGAAGAGGGGGAGGGGGUGGGAGAGGAUGAUGAGGCGUUUUCCAACUACACGGACAAGACGGUGGAGUUCGCGCCGAUCAGCGACGUGUGGUACAUCGGCGACGCGGACUUCCGGAUACAGUGCACGCUGUCGCGCGACGUGGAGGUCAACCCUAACGAUUGGAUCGGCAUCUACGAUGCCGACUUCCACAACCUAGACGACUACAUAGUGUACGAGUACCUGGCCAAGGUCUGCCAGUCGCCGUCGGCGGCGGAGGCAGGGCGCGCGCGGCAUAUCACGCUCAGCUUCCCCGUGGGCAGUGGCGUUAGGACGCCAGGGUUCUAUAGGUUUAUUUACUUCAGCCAGCCUAAUAGCGAUGUUAGGAGCGUGCUGGGUAUAUCAGAACCGUUCGAAGCCAGCAGCAAAGACGACAAGCUGGUGGCCAUAGACCCGUGCGAGCAGGCCUGCUCGUCGGGGUCACCACUCCCGCACCGCUCGAGCAAACCGUCGACAGCACACACGGACAUAUUCACGGACUUCACCGGCCUGGAUGUCGCCAACCUCUCGCGACACUUCUCCAACGACCUGUCAAUCGACUGACUAAGGACCUACCUCCCCGGGUCACCGGCCAACGGCAGGAGGAAGUGAGGUUUGAAUUUGGAACUGUCUAGAAGAAACAAGUGAGAAUGGACCUAUAGUGUAGUGCCGAUGUGAUCUGGCCAAUUAGAUAGUGGUUUUAUAAAAAUGGCC